AUGAUGUUUCUCGAAAUCGUCUACAUCGUGUUCACCUUCUUCCUGGCCUCAUUAUCAGCCCUCUUCCUGUCAUUCUCCAACCAUGCUUACACACUCGCCACCUCUUCUGUCUUGACUCUCUAUUACUUCUUGGUGCUCAUGGUGGGAGCAAAAGAUAACAGUCGCCGUGUUCAAAUCAUACAUUUUCUGUUCUGCAUGUUGUCACUCUACAUCCUCUUCGAUAUGCUUAUCUACAACAAAACUCUGUAUCAGGUCGAUGAGGUCGUCUUCUACAUGUCCCUUGCAGGAUUCUUCUUUCAUACCAUCCUCUCUUACAUUCUGGAAGUCACGAAGAAGAGAUAUCCGGAAGUGUUGGCUGAAAGUGAGAAUGGUGUGAUUGUUGUGAGCAAAGUGGAGUAUUUCGAGAAUGGAGAUGUUCAUGUUGAAUUUAUUUAA